CUUAGCUGCAGCCUCCCCUCCGCCACCACCCUCUCCCGCCCCGUGCUUCCUCUCCGCCCCCCACGCUCCAGCCGCUCGGUCGCAGUCCGCGCAGUCCUCCGCCCCCCGGAGCCUCCGCGCCGGUCCCGCACCCAGCCAUGGGGGACCUGCCGGGUCUCGUGCGCCUCUCCAUCGCGCUGCGCAUCCAGCCCAACGACGGCCCGGUCUUCUUCAAGGUGGACGGGCAGCGCUUCGGCCAGAACCGCACCAUCAAGCUGCUCACCGGCUCCUCCUACAAGGUGGAGGUGAAGAUUAAGCCCACCACGCUGCAGGUCGAGAACAUUUCCAUUGGUGGUGUGCUUGUCCCAUUGGAGCUGAAGUCUAAAGAGCCUGAUGGUGACCGAAUUGUUUACACGGGCACAUAUGACACGGAAGGUGUGGCCCCAACCAAGAGUGGAGAACGGCAACCCAUCCAGAUCACAAUGCCGUUCACUGACAUUGGGACCUUCGAGACAGUGUGGCAAGUCAAGUUCUACAAUUACCACAAGCGAGAUCACUGCCAAUGGGGAAGCCCCUUCUCUGUCAUUGAAUACGAAUGCAAGCCCAAUGAGACACGUAGCCUCAUGUGGGUGAACAAGGAGUCCUUCCUCUGAAGAUGGCUCUUUCGGAUGUUGCUGGACAAUCUCUUCAAAACCCUACGUUUAGAUAACCCAGCACAAGCCUUCACCAAGGCACACCACAGCGUUGCUGUUACCCAUCGGGUGCUGAUGACCUACUAGCCCCCGACUAUUUUGAAAGUGUAAUUCCCUUCUGAUGCAAUGCUCCUGACGUAAAAGAUUGUGAGUGAUGUGCCAUCCCCAAGAAGAUCCCUUUCUGUAUUCUGUGUUGGUGUUCCUGCAUCCAGUUGUUCCCGGUCAUGCGGUUGACCGCUUGUGAGGAGCUCAGUGGAAUUGCAGACAUACCCCUUCUUAAUGAUUCCACUGAAUGUGGUGUUUUGUUUCCAAGUUGAGUGAUUUCCCCCCCUUUUUUUUUGUAAAAUGCUAAAUAAAAAAUAACAAUGUGUUGUGGGUUCUCUCCCAAGUGUAAUAUGGUAACAUGUAACUUGCAAUGUUAUGUGGCUCUCUAAGCAGGCUUGGUGAAAAUGUAAUACAAACAGCAGUGAGUUGGACUCAGAUGCUGUGCUUCCUAUAAACAGCUCAGCUUUUUCAGGGAACAAUAAUGACAAAUAAAAGGACAAAUAUUUAAGAAGUAUUUAUAACACAUUAAAACUCUUUCAAGUAACUUAAGGUAUUAUGUUAUGGCCUAACAGAAAUGGGAAAAGGCAUCGUUGGGGUCCACUGUUAAGGUGACAGAAGUUGUAGGGUUACCCUUUUGGCAAGCUACCCUAGUACUCAAACAUGCAUAUGAUGGCAUCCCUACGUUCCCCUUCACUUGAACUUUGUAAAACUGUGUAUGCAACUGUAAUGAACUUUUGAUAUUUCUUAAUAAAGGUAUUAAAAAUCA